AUGCCGCAAUCCCGUUCCCGUCGUCACCGUCGCCACAAGAACAAGCGACCAAAUCAACCGCCGAAGCAUGAAUCACCCCUACCCCCUCAACCUCCACUCUCGGAAGAUGCCAACAGCCGACAAGAGCCCACCGAAAUAACGGAAGACAGCGAUGGAAUAAUUGAGGCUAAGGUCAACGGUCAGACGGUCAAGGUGACGACUGAGGUCACUGAGACAGCAUUGGGUCAUGAGAUAGGAUCGAUACCUAAGCAACGUACCCCAGUGCAGCGCAGGUACAAACUCGAGCGUCAUGUAUUAUCAACUCAUCCAAAAAUCUGCAAAAUAACAGACAUCAGUGAUCUUCGGAUGGAAGCCUACGUAGGUCACGUUGCGGGUGUUGGUAUAAUUGAAUCUCGCGUCAACGAGGCUAGUGAUAUCAGAACAAUAGUAACUGAACCAGUUGAGCCACUUGGACCACUACCGAGUAAUGUGACCUCAAGACUCGAGACCCUUGGCGAACGUGACUUUGCCCUGGCACUGCUACCUAAUGCAAACAGAGAUCGUCCCGAGAUUCAUGAGGUCAACGACAGUGAUGCUGAGACAACAGAGUUGAGUAGAGGUGCUGUUGUCAGUGAGGCUGAAUCCGAUAUUGAAAUUGCCCCGAGGAAGAAUGAAACGAUAUUGGAAGAAACUGACGAGUCAGAGUCUACAGAUAAAGAAAACUUAUUCACUGAAUCUUCAAAAGACCAACACAAACUUUGCGGUUUGAGUUUACCGAGUGCUUCGUCUUCAGAAGCUCAUAAGAAUGCAGGUAAUAUCAGAGAUUUGUCCCCAUUGGCGAUAAUAAGUGAACCAGAAUCGGAUAUUGAUCAACCGAAGUCAAUUAUUAACCAAGUUAUUUUGGAGGAAACCGAAGAGGACUCAGAUUUUUCCGACAAACAAUCAUCCCUCAUUACCAAAUUGAACGCAAGCCAAAGUAAACCUUACUCCUUACCAGAAACCUCAUCUUCAGACACAAUCGAUAAAGACCUGGCAUCUCCUUGCUUUCCGACUCUCAACAAACACUCGAGUUUAUCCUCCGAGGAUGCAGACAGCGAGAGAACAAUAAUCGACUCAAAACCAGAAAGUGAAACGGAAGGCGAAGAUAACAUUAACACCGAGGAAGAAGAAUUGCACAACGUGACAGAGUCAAAGGAAUCAACCAAGUGCACUGAUGAUUCAAAUGAGACUACAAUAGACUUUAACUCCAAGGAAUCCACUGGUGCAUCAAGCGUAAUAGAGAUAGAGAAUGGAAUUCAAAUGUCUCCGGAAAUUCAUGAGCCACAGUUGACUCGACAAUUUGACGAUAAACUGAGGAUUUUCAUCAAAGAAUGUGAUUUAGGGAAGCAUCAGAGUGAUGACAACAACCUGUUGAAUCACAAGUGUCACGUUAACGAGGCUGAGACAUGCAAUAGUGUCAUUCGUGAGCAUUCUGAAAGAGUGGAGAUUCGGGAGAAUUGCAGGUAUGAGACAACCACAGUCGAUCGAUACUUGGAUAUUAUUCAGGAAGAGGGGGAGUGUCUAGCCCCUCAUGACAGAGAUAUUCGUGAUUUUAUUAAUAAAGAGAUCGGAAAAUUUCGAAGGGAGAGACGUAAGACUGACAUUAAUGAAGAAAUCAUGGAGACUAGGAGUAAUGAAACAAUAAUGUCAUCCAGAAAUGAGAACAUCUCAGGCACCAAGACAGAAAACGAGAAAGGAGAUAGCAAUAAAAUGUACGAAGAGAGCGGGUCACCAGUGAACCAAGUUAACGAAGAGGAAUUGGAUUCCAUAAAGAGAAGGUGUGCGCCAGCGCCACCGAGAAGAUCCUCCAGUUUUAACAGCAUGGACGUGGAUAAAAUCGCUGGUGGAACAUAUCGAGAUGUGAAUUCAACAAUUUCAAGUGAACCACCGAAAGUUCCAGAUCUACCAAUUGAAGUUAUUAAAAAACUCACUGAGGCCCAUGAACAUUUGCAUUUGGAGACACUUCCAGUGCGUCCACCACUGCCCAAGAAUUUUAAUAGCCACGACGCAAUUUCCCAGAACGUUGAGCAUCAUCGCAACGAGGGAGUGUCCCCGAUCACGCCUAGAUUGCGCAAUACUGUGAAUGCCGGUAAGUUUGGCAAUGACGCCAGUGUUGAGACGCUUACCAAAAUAACUCACGAUCACAUUGACAAUAUCAGCGAUGAAGUGCUGGGUAAAAACACGGAGGCUUUCAGCAAAUCGACCCCAAUGGCUGACUCCACUGUGUCCCCCAGCAUCGAGGUUAAAUGUUCACGACCCCGGGGGAAUAAACUUAGUGAUAUCAAAGAGAAGGUACCACUUGAGACAUUAAAACGUGAGUGCGUUGAGAAAACACAAGUGAAAAGUUCAAACGUUGUACAGGAGAUCAAAGAAUUGUGCAGUGAAUAUAACAAAAGUGUUGAUGUGUGGACAAAAGAGAUGAAAUCCAGUGAAACUAAAACCGAAAGAACAGAAACUUCAUUCAAAAGUGAAUCAACUGAGACACGCAAAACUAUUUCUACUGAUCCCGCCGAAUUAAUUGGCACGGAUGAUCAAUGCCAAGAGUCAUCAAGCAGCACUCCCUCCCCAGCAACUGUUAAACACGUAUCCGAUGAGGAAGAAACCACCCCAAAGACACCUGAAUCAAAUCCCUUGAAAGACCUCUGUAUCAAGAAAAUCCUCUCCCUCCCUUACGGCCGCCAAUUAAUCAACGAGAUAACUCUCCCCAAGUUCACCAUCUUUAAGAACUUGGAAUCUAUCCACAAAACCGUGAAAACUCUACAAAUCCACGAAUCCAAAGAUUUGAAUACCAUGAAGAAGCGUCCAACAACUUGGAUGGGCGUGCCGACUGAGGAUCCACAUCUCCUCGUCUGUCUUUCCCCCUCUCAGCAAGAAACCCCAGUACGCACAAGUGCCGACAAACUAUUGGAUCUCCACAAAAAGUUUCUCAAUCGGCGUAGCUACCACCAUGAUCAUCGAACCGAGAUUAAUGUACCCAAGUACCAUAUAGAAAUCACCCCUAGCUCCACCCACCACCCACAAGAAUCCAUAAAACCAUGGGAAAAAGAAUUGAAGCAAUUGGGAGAUGUCUCAGUGGCCACGAAUCGUCUCCUUGAGAUCGUAAAAGAGAAUCCCAUACCCAUGGAGUUACCUUCGGUCACGAACUCCCAUAAAAAUGUUGAACAGAAUCCUCUCAAAUCUACCCUGGUAGCCAACUGGUUAACUGAGAGCAAUAACGAUCAUCUGAACACACCCGUCUGUGAGAGCCCACCAUCUUGUAAUUUUUCACAACGACUGAGAUACCAGGAGAAUGAAAAAACCAGAGAGAGUGCAUUCAGUCCAGUACUCGGCAAUGAUCACAUAACCGCAAACGACAUUACCGACGUUAGAGCCAAACGACAAGGUAGAAUUUUUGAUACGACAAUCGGUUCAUCGCCAGCAUCUUCAAGCAAGUUUAACGAGAGUAGCAAUAGGAUAAACAGUGCUUUGAUACUGAGAACACCUGAGGGCACACACCAGGAGCAUCGAAGUACAACACCAAUCAAUAGGUCUCCAAUUACCAACAGGAGUGCUAUAAUCGAUAGAACGUCUGAUAUUGCUGAGCCACGUAAGUGGACACUGUCGAGGACAAUUGAUGCGCGACAGGUGAAUCCAGCGCUGAUAAACGACCGGCCUGAGGCACCACCCAGACGUCGAAGGACUGUUGAUGUCGAUCGUACGUGCAUCGACACCACUAGUAUUUUUGAUAAGACACCACCAUGUGGGCAUCUGGGGGAACGCAAGUGUCAUGACCCCGAAGCGCUGAAACAAGCAACAGCCAGUGAAAUUGUGGAGAAUUUGAAAGAUCUUCAGAGAGGUGUUAGGGAUAUGUUCGAUGGAAGGAGACGUUACUCAUUACCUCAGGAGUACUUUGACAAACAGCUCAAGUACAUUGAGACCCUUGAGGAUCAGCUAAAGGAAGUCAUUAUCGCUGAGGAAGAAGAGCAGAAAGCGUUUGUUGAGUUUGAGGGACAAGUCAGAGAAAUGGAAAAUGUAAAUGGAAGCGAGAUGGAGUCUUCUAACAGGAAACAAUUAAGUAAUGAUGGUAAUAACUUUCGCCAGACUUGGCACGAAGAGUCUCGAGUUGAGGACAACAGUCGUACUCAGUUCACAAGUAAAGAGGGACGGGAGGAAUCAACGAAGAGACUGAAUCAAACAGGGGGUCACGAUUUGGAAAGCUCAAUGAAGAUAUUUGAGAAUAAAGAGGUGAGCCGAGUGACAACGAGUGGUGGGAGUGGACAGGAAUGGCAGAGAUACGUUGAUGAUAUUUCAAGGGAUUCACUUGAUGCUGAGAAACGAGAUCAUUACGAGGUACGUGGAAAGUGUGAGAGACCCAAGUCCAUUUCGAUAUUGCCAAGCUGUGACGAAGUAUUUAGACGGAAGAUGUAUGAUGAGUAUGUUCAUAAAGUUUUGGAGAGGGAGGAGAGGAAGCAGCAUAAAAUUAUUAAAAUUAGUUCGGGGUUGGAUUUGAAACAGGAGAGGAGCAAGGACAAUAUGAGCACAAUGGAGAAGGAGUUCAUUGAGAAGGCGAAGAGAAGGCUCGACAGAUUUGGCAUUCAGCUGGAUGAGCGGGAAGGGAAUGACGAUAAUCAAGGAAAAGAGAGGAGUGAGAAAAUCGAGGCCAGGUGUCUUAUCGAUGGAAAGGAGAUAAGAGAUGCCAAGAAACUACCCAAACAUCUACAGGAAUUUCUCGAACUCACUAUCAACGAACUUGAAGACGAGAAUAUGUUUGCACCGACUUUUAAGGCAUCAUCUGCCAAAAAAGGUGUUUGGUCACCAGGCAGUGAGCCACCACCACCACCGCCACCAAGCCAGCCCAGUCCAGAUCGAGGCAAGAAUACGGAUAAGGAUGGUGGAAUCCCCCCAGUUUGGACGCCAUCUAGCGCAGGACCAAGUCCUGUUGUUGAGCGAAAAGAAUUUCGACCAGUAUCAUUCGAAAGUCCAAUAUUGAGCAGGAGAAAGCCCCAGACACAGUCUUAUUGAAUUUUUCUACUGUUUCAGAGUUCAACCGAGGAAAUACCACCGUGGCAACAGGGUGACGACAAAAAAGAGGCGUCUCAGAACAUAACUCAGAAUAUAACAACACGCAUCGUAAACUCUCACUCUGUGCCGUCCCAAGGGUUGAACACACUCGCCAACCCUCCACGACUGCCACGCGCACAAAAUCCAACAAUUACUCUACUGCAGAAGGCAAGAGAGGGCCAAUUACCGAAGGGCGCCGCCUACCUCGAGGAAACGGUGGAAAAGAGUCACGAAGGGGCUAGGGUCAGUCCCGGUGAAAUAAUUUAUACUGUGAUACGAGAGUACGAAAGUGAACCGGAAUUUGAGAGGAAACAACCGAAGAAGAUGGCGGAUUUGGGACGUAGGAAAAUUUUGGGAAUUGGACCUAUCACUAAGGACGGUAUGCCUGUUGCUUUGAGAUCGGAAGUGAAAGAUACAAAUCAGGCAAAAUGGUACAAACAAAUGUAUGAUUCGCUUCAUCGAGCGGGUAGAAACGAUGACUAUGUGACAAUUCGGUAUAAACCACGAAGAGGAACGAGGUACGGAUGUGGGAGUGCCAGUGGGUAUCUGAGUGAGCCCGAGCCAAGGGUCUCCACUGAUAGAUCGGCGACGUUGGAUACCAGGAGGCGACAGAGAAAUAAGGAGAAUGAUGUCACUACCUCGACUAUGCCAAGAAAGAGUGCCCUCGUAAAAACAACCGCCGAAGUCUACCGAAAUCAGCCCGGACGUAUCGAGAACUACCAGCCAGGUCGUUCAUCAAUAUCUGAGAAGGAAACCAAAGAGUGGUGGGACGAGGUCAUGGACAUAUUCGACGGGCCUUUCGAUCAACGUAAUCCACAUGCUGCCAAGCCAUACAUGAGUCAUGCUCUGAAGGAAUCCGGCUACGAGAGCGAUUCAACUCUUAUUUUCCGUCGCCGUGAUGACGCCAGUCCUCUGAGUCCACUUGAACAGAGAUUGGCAUAUAAAACAGUGCAGAAGGGCGGUGACGUUCCACUUCACGGUCUUCGGAAACCAGCUCCCGAGCGUCCAAAAGAGUACACGAAUGCACCCCCGCCGCCACCAAAAACUCAUCAGAGCAGAAUCGAGCGACCAGAAUCACCGAGGCGUUAUGUAGAAGGCGAAGUGACGAUUCACUAUCGUUCCCCAGUUCGCACGGAAGCUAAGGAGAUCCUGAGUGAGGAAGAAUUGGCUCGUAGAAGUGCCGAGAACAUGCGUAGAGUUUACCAGGAAGAGAGACGUCGGAAGUACCUGCAAGAAUUACAUGACAUUGAUUCGAGAAGGCACACCGAUAAUUUUACACCAUCACAAAAAUCCCCGAUACCAUUGAAUCGCUACGACGACUUUCUGGAUGACUCCAGCUACCGUAGCAGGUCACAGGAGCAAACACCGGAGCCACGACUGGUUGCUCGUGCAUUGUACAACUUUGUGGGACAAACCUCGAGGGAAUUGUCCUUCCGUCGUGGGGAUAUCAUUCUUAUACGUCGACAAAUUGAUAAAAAUUGGUACGAGGGAGAGCACAACGCUAUGAUCGGACUCUUUCCACUUAAUUACGUCGAGCAGAUUUUACCUUACGACGGCACCCGGGGAACUCCCAAGAAGUCGUAUGAGGGCCAGGCACGUGCUAAGUUCAAUUUCAUCGCACAAACGAAUCUAGAAUUGUCAUUAGCGAAGGGGGAAUUAGUGGUUCUCACUAGGAGGGUCGAUGAGAACUGGUUCGAGGGGAGAGUUGGAAGUAAAAAAGGCAUUUUCCCGGUUACUUAUGUGGAAGUUAUUGUUGAACCUGGUCAACAUAGACCCGAAACCCCAGUAUCAGGUAAACCAGUUGCAUCGCCUGCGGCCCACAGCAUGCUCUCGAAUGGAACGGCGAGUGGAAAAUUGAGCAUGGGACCCCAUCAUUAUAUUCCAUCCAUACCCGUGAAGACGAGCACGGCUGAGCCUCAGUAUAUCUCACUGCCACGCAUUGGUGUCACUGAACGCAACAAAUUGCACGUCGCACCUGUCAACGAAACGUUGCACAUCGAUACACACUCGGAUACGUUACCGUAUCGAGCUCUGUACAACUACAGACCGCAGAACGAGGACGAGCUGGAGCUGAGGGAGGGGGAUACGGUCUACGUCAUGGAAAAAUGCGACGACGGAUGGUUCGUUGGAUCCAGCCAAAGAACUGGAUACUUCGGAACUUUCCCUGGAAAUUACGUAGAGCGUUUGUGAGGUGAGGAGAUGCCCCACGGGGCAUCCCACACCGACAGAACCAGGAGACAACGGGCACUCAAGAGUGUCGCUAUUCUUUUACCAAAGGAAGAGUCAAGAAACAUUGAAUAUCGUUGUUAAUACUGAUUAUUUUAACAAUUAGUAUCUGUUGCUUUUUUUAAUUUUAGUUGUGGAGUUGUGAAAUGAGUGAGUUUUUUCAUGAAUAUCUUGGGAUAAAAGGGAGAUCGACCAUUUUUGUUGAUUUUCGACGUACAGCUACGAAAAAGACUUGAUAGGAAUUUUAUGUAUCUUGAUUAAUUUUUGAGAUAAUGAACAGAAACUUAUCUCGAAAUUAAAUUGACUCAUCUCAUUUCACUCUUGUGCUGAUUUCUGUGGGGAGACCAUACUAAUACGAUAAAUUUCACAUUUUCAAAUUAUUAGCACCUCGUGGUCCUAUAGAGAUAAUUGUGAAAUUGUGGAAUUUUGUUUUUGUUGUAAUAUCUGUGGUUCUCUCGAAAUUUUCUCUCCACCUUUUCCCCAUUUUUUCAUUAAAUCAAUCGACGUGGCGAAACUCUGGAGACGAAAUUACUGUCACGAAUCAAUGGUCUUCCAAAGUAUAAAAGAAGAAAAUUAAGUAGCAAAAGAUGUUUUUUUUUUUCAUGAAGAAAGGAAGAAUUUCUGAAUUUCUCUUUUGCUUCUGGAAUUCGCUUGAUAUUUUACAAUUAGCGUACACCAAAAAUAACUUAGAAUUAAUGGAUUAUUAAUUGUAAGUAGUGUAACAUAGAAGUUAACUAUUUAUUACUCGUUAUAGGGAUUAUCCAUCCAGAAGAAAAUUAUGAGAAAAAUUGUAGAUCAAUUUAUCGUGUUCUACCAGAGAAAUUGUCAAUUUUUUAGUUAUUUUCUUCAAUUAUUAAUUUUUGGGAAUGAAUUUAUGUACAUAAGAUAUUUCCUGAUGGAAGAAGUUGAAUUUUCCAGGAUUUAACAGAGAAAAAUUCAUCGAAAUUGAUUUAAUUGCAUUAACAAUCAAUUUCGUAAUAAUUUUUCGAUGUUUCAAGAUCAUGAAAAAUUGAAAUAGAAUUUUUUCUCUGUCGAAUUUUUCUCGUUACCGAAUACCAAAACUCCAACACAAGUUAAAAGAAUGAUUUUAAAGAACUAACCAAAAUAAUGGAAUAAAACGUGUUCUUCGAUUGUUAAUGUCUUUAUACUUUAUGACAGAUGCCCACCACUCAUAAAAAACAACAGAAAAUAUUCAACAAAAAUAAAACAAAGAUACAAUUGAGAAUGAAUAUCGAUUGAAGUGGUAGAAUGUAUCUCGUUUUGUCGAUUAUGUAAUUAUUUACAUUUUCUACGAAGAAUAUCUUUCAACAUGUUCUUGUAAAUCCGAAACUUCUGAAACAAUUUAACAUCCAUAGAUGAUGUUACACUUCCGGAUUUUCUUCCUCUUGUCUUCGUAAUAGGGAAUUUGCAUGUUUUUUUUUGCCUUCAAGUAUAUGCCCCCAAGAACUCAUAUUUGAUAAGAAAACACGGAAAAUAGUCAAAUGAUGAGUUAUUUGCAUUGAAAAUUUGGAUUUUUUAAACGUUCUAAAAAGGCCUGUGACGUCAACUCACCGGAGACCGAAAUUGUCGUGUGGCGCCAUCAAGCGGUUCAGUAUAACUGCUGCAAUCUAGGAAAAUACUCUAUACGUAUAUUUGGCUCCAAAAUGUCAGAAAAACUGAAUCGAGUGAUGAAAAUUCCUUAUAAAUAUUGUUUUGUACCAGGAUAUAAAAAUACAACAGUGAAAAUUAUACAACCAUGACUUUCGACACUGGCACAGAUUUGAACCCAUAAAAUCUAUCAACAUAGUCACGUCUACCGUUGGUAAAUUCUCCGAGCUCGCCUUUUGAAAAUCAUUUUUCAGCACAAACUUCAUUUGUUACUGCCAAUAUAUUUUUUUAUCCACUUUUAAGAAUUGUUUCAAACAUAAACCCCUCGAUUUGUGUUGGUUGAACGUCUCGCACUGUGAGAGGCUAGAAUAACUCAAUAGCGCUACUAGUAGUCGCAAGGAGAAUUUGAUCCCGGUGCGUCGACGUCGUGAUCCCAAAAAAGUGUUCAAAAUUGAUGCACUUUUAAUCAAUUAUUACAAAAUAUCCCGACCACAUUCCAGAAAACUUUUUACUCUGGAAUGGUUCAUAGACUCCAAAGACUCUACUAUUCAUUUGAAAAUAAUCCAAAACUGGACUCUAUGCAAGUUCCUUAUUACGGAAAAGAUGAUUAGUUUGAGAAAAAUAUACAAAAUAUCCUACCAUUUCAAUCGUUACUCAAAACAACAUAAUAAUCCACUCCAAUUAUAUUAUGAAUUGUUACGAUGUUUGCUAAUGAUAAAUAACUAAAAACAAUUAUAAUUAAUGAAUCAUCGGGCUCUACAAUAUUACGAUAGCUAUGAUUGCAAAGUUUUGCCUCACAAAAUUCAUAUUUUUGUAAGCAUUAUUUAUACAUAAGCUUAUAUAGAUAACUAACAUAAAAUAAAAAUCCUAAUAUCAUGAAUAAGAUGGAUGAGCUAAUUGCGAUGAAUAAAAAAUUAUUAAAUGGAA